UGCCUGAGAUGGAACUGUAUCUUUAGUUCCAUAUUGAAUCAUUCAAAAUCAGUUGUCUGUCAGUCAUGAUGGCUUUUAAGAGGAAAUUUGACUCUGACAUCCCAGAUGGUAUGCUGACAGUUCUGAAGUUACUGCAUAAUCCACCUUUAGAAGAAGAAAUCCUUAACAAGGUCGCCAAAGGGUCACUGCAUGAACUGACUCCAUCAGAGUCAAGUAACCUGUGGGUUACUUUGAGUGAAAACUUGAAAGCUUACUUCAGGAACAUGUUUUGGCUGAGAGAUACUGACAAUCAUGAUGACAAGGAAUAUAUAUUAAAGAAAAUUGGUGCCUAUCCUUUUAUGACAACUCUAUUUUUCCUGCUGAAAAUGACAAUUCAGGGGAAAACUGAGAACAGCAUUCCUUUGGCUGCAGCACAUACAAUGCUAGUUUUGAGUUCGAUGUUGAAGAAGUUGAAGACAGAUGGGCAGGUUGACAAUGAAAUGCUGCAAGUCAGUGCAUUAUGGACUGAAAGGAAACUGGCAUCAAAAGAGAAUCUGUGUUUCACAACAUUCCUAAACAGAUUGCUCCAUUCACUGAGAGAUAAUGCCACGGAAGAAGACAUAUGCAAUGUUUAUAACUUGCAAGAAUGGCUCUGUAUAAGUGACAUCCGAAAAGAGAGCUGCUCACAUAUUGUGAGAGCAAUGAAGAGUGUAAAUUACCUCAAAUCUCCUAGAGGUCGUUCUUUUCUGUCAUUUGCAAUGACACAGGAUGAGAAGCUAAUGGAGGAUCUGCACAGAUCCUGUAAGUCCCACUUAUCUGGCUGCUCUCAGGCAGAGUCAAGAGCUUAUGGCCUAAUAUACUUAGAGGCAUGGCGCACCAUCAGUGUGAAGAAAAGAAAGCGUAUCGAAGAGCACUGCAUCCGUGAUCUGAUGGAGCUUGCCGUGAAGUUACCUCGAAAAGGAACUGAAAUGAGCCUCUCUGGCUUAAAUGUUCUGACAUUUCUUCAUGAAUUCCAUUCACGUAAAAGCUGUGAUGCCAUUCGUGAAAUGCUUACGUCACAAUAUGAUCUGUUCCUGUGGAAACAGCUUCAGAGCUCCAGCAGUAAUGUCAAGUGUAGUGCUACAGAGAUACUGGCUGAUGCCUACCCUUUGGAAAGACCCAGGCAGGAUAUUGUGAAAAACAAUGAGUAUCUCGCUAAACAGCACAAUGUGUUCAGUGAUUUGCUGGUGGAUGUCAACCCUACUGUCAGGAGUGUUGCUUUCAGAAAAAUAUCCCAGAUAGCCUCAAAAUUUUGGGCCCAGAUUCCUCCCAGUGUACUGCAGCACUGGAUAUCAACAAUGAUUCUUCGGUUGGCAAAGAAAAUGGAAACUCCUCAAGUAAGGCAAAGCAUAUACCAGGGGCUGCACGUUCUUGUAGAAAAUCCCAAUCCUCUGUGUACGAAGAUUCUGGAGAAGAUGCUACCAGAGCUCAGAGAACAGAUCGCCAAUGAUGACAAGAGGGUUCGCAUUGCCUUUGUUAAGUUGUUGCACGCCAUUAAGGAUGCGGGGAAUAUCGAACUUUGGAAUAUUGUUCCUCUUCACUGUUUGAUAAAUAGGCUUGAGGAAGAUGACCGUGAAGUCGGCGAGCUGCUGGCGCAGCUUUUGUGCAGUACGUGUUUUGCCAACAAUAAGAGCUUCAACACUACAGUGAACUGUAUAGGCCAGAUGGUAAACUUUAGCCAUGAAGGAACCUGCAAGUUCUUCUUACAUUCAAAGUCAUUUCUAAAAUUUCAUGAUGCUGUAAAACUUAUGCUAUUAAUCAUGGAAUGCUUGUUGAAGCAUAUCGAGAUUGAAAUUUUCACAAAAAGGAGACAGAGGAAGGACUCUACUCGACUCAGACCGAGACAUGUUUCUAAGAAAAGGAAGAGGAGGAGUAAAUUCAUUAAAAAACUGGCUGCCAGAAUGAAGAAUGCGUGGGUGAAGGCUGUUAGAACAUCAGGAGAUACUGAAAAACAAGAUUUUUGCUUGAGUGGCAGCGAUGAGGAGAUUGAAUUUUCCUCAAACUUGAGGCGGACUUCCUGCAGUGACAGUGAUGAAGAGGCAGAUUUCUCACGGGAAAUGCUGCUGAGGGCUCCAGAGACUUGUCAAGGUCUUAUUGAUGUUUUUUGCAUCCUGUUUUAUGUACAUUCUGCUGAACAGAAAUGGAGAUGCAGCAGAAUGUGGCAGAAAGUGUACAGAAUGUGCAAACAUUGUAUUCCAUUGUUUGCUAUGUAUUUUGCAGGCAGCUGUGCAUUCUCUUCAGUUAUGGUACUCAGCAGUCUUAUGCCAGCAACUCUACUAAGAAAGCUGCGUAUCCCAUCCAGUGUGGAAACAGUGUGGCUCUCAAAGCUGGAUUCACUCUCUGAUGAAGAUGCAAGCAGUGAGGCUGUCCAUCUUGCUUCAUUUAAGUGCCUCCAAAAUUAUGGACCUAAGUUCUUGCUAAUAGCAGCAAAUAUUUUUCGUACUGCUAUAGCUUUGAGGAUAGCUGCCAUCAGUCCACAAAAUGUGGUAUUUGAUGGAAAAUUAAAAAAAGUGCAGUAUAAAAUUGAAUCAGAGUCUAUUGUGGCCUCCAAAAUUCUUCUUACGGCAUUGCAGCUUUACCGUUGCCAACAAAAAAUGUUGUACAACAUAGGAAACAUAUCUAUGACACGUGGAAGUCCAUGGAAACAAUAAAGGUGUUAGUUGAAAUUCGCUUGCAACAAGAGGCGUGUGUUCAGGAUCCAGUUGUAACUGACAGAUUCAUACAAGAGUGCUUUUGUUGCUACGUAAAGUUGAUCCCAGCAUUGGAAAAAACUACUAACUUUAAUAGC